GAUAAUCAAGCAAGUAUUAAUUUUCUCGGACAUUGAGGUUGAAAGUAUUCGUCCAUGUUCAAGAAGCAGCCACUCAGUAUGUAUCAGUCUUCGUAUCGUUCGUUUUGCUCUUGUCCACACCCAAGCUGCCUAGAGGAGCGGGACAGUGGCCAUGGGUGCCAAGUACCUCUUUCGUGCCAAAACUCAAGCGAAUCUCACCUGCGAUUACAAGCCAGUUCACUACAGCUACAGAUGGAACGGGACUCAGGCGUUUACUCCAAAGCAGAUCCCUCGGCCUUCAUUCCAUCUGCAUUCGGCAUUAUUUCGAGACCCUCUCGAUUUUAUGUUCCCUCGGCUCACUGUAAUCUCUCCAGCCAACAGAUAAUUUUUCCAUUCAGUCAAACAUCUCACAGCAGACAGCAUGGUAACCUGGUUAUUGGACUAAGAGACAAACCGGAGAUAAAGAAGCGUCGUAAACGAACCAUUUUCACUUCAGAUCAGUUAAACCGGCUAGAAUCAGCUUUUGAUCGUCAGCAGUAUCUUGUCGGUACAGAGAGAGAGCGUCUUGCCAGGGAGUUAAAUCUCUCCCAGACUCAGGUCAAGAUUUGGUUCCAGAACAGAAGAAUUAAAUGGAGGAAGGAACAUUUGUAUGCUGGACAUGAAGAUGGUCAAGGGGAAAAUAACAUUAUGAGCCAAAGACUCUAGUUCCUUUUUGAUCAGUUUCGUUUCACAACCAGCAACUUGUUCAAGAUUAGAAUGGUUGCCAGUGAAUCGUGAU